AUGCUGCGAAGAGCUGCAGGACGGAUACCACACGUCUGCGUCGUCGGGGCUGGGGUGGCCGGUCUCAGAUGCGCAGACGUAUUACUCCAGCAUGGUGUCCGAGUUACCAUCCUCGAAGGAAGGGACCGUGUCGGCGGCAGGCUUUGUCAGAGCAGUGCGCUGGGGCAUAUGGUUGAUCUGGGUCCGAACUGGAUACACGGGACCGACGAUAACCCGAUAUUGGACCUUGCCAAGGAGACGAAUACCAUGACCAUGACCUGGGACGGGCGGCAAUCUGUCUUUGACCAUCUGGGACAGCAAAUGCCGGACAAAGAGGCGGCGGAAAAUACGGAGAUCGUGUGGGAGAUUAUCGAGCAGGCGAUGAAGUAUUCGAACGAGGAGUCGGCGACGAUACCGGCGGACAAGAGCUUGUACCAUUAUUUCGAAGAGAAGGUCGCGGAGAUGAUUACCGAUGAGAUGGAGGGCGAUGAGCAGGUGAAGAGGAAACGAGAGACGAUUCUCGGUAUGGCGGAGAUGUGGGGUGCGUUUGUGGGAACGCAGAUUCAGAGUCAGAGUCUGAAGUUCUUCUGGCUAGAGGAGUGUAUUGAUGGGGAGAACUUGUUUGUUGCGGAGACGUACCAUAAGGUCCUGGCGAGGAUAGCGGAACCUGCGCUUGCGGGCGCGGAGAUCAAGUUCGGGCACAAGGUGAAGAAGCUUGUCUCCAAGGGAACGAAUGAGGAGCCCUGUGUCGAAGUUGAACUGGAGGGCAAAAGCAGCAUGACGUUUGACGAGGUGGUUAUGACGGCUCCACUAGGCUGGCUGAAGACGCAUGGCGAGGCAUUCGAGCCAGAGCUUCCGAACAGACUCAAGCAAGCCAUCGCCUCAAUAGGCUACGGCCACCUAGACAAGGUCUACAUCACCUUCCCAACCGCCUUCUGGAACUCCUCUUCCACCACCAGCCCCUCCUCUCCCUCGACCCACAUAUCCCACGACCCCUCCCUCCCCAACGUAACCGCCACCACCGCACCACUCCACCAGCCCCCUCCUUCCACCCAACCCACCGUCAACCCAGCCCACUACCCAGGCUUCACGCACUGGACACGCCCGACCUACGCCCACCCCACCAACCCCUCCCACUGGGCCCAAGAAGCCAUGAACCUCGCCGCGCUCCCCCCGCCCAACGCCCACCCAACCCUCCUCUUCUACACCUACGGUCCAACCUCUCUGCACCUCGCCACGCAGCUCAAGCCCUUCCCCUCACCGACCUGCUCGCCCGCCGCGCAGCAGCUACUAACUACCUUCUUCGCCCCCUACUUCUCACGGCUCCCCAACUACUCCGCGUCCAACCCCGCGCACCAGCCGUCGCGCAUCCUGGCCACCGCCUGGGCCAACGACGAGCUCGCCGGCUGCGGCAGCUACGCGAACUUCCAGACCGGCCUGGAGCGUGGCGGCGAGGAUGUGCAGGUUAUGCGGCGCGGCGUGCCGGAGAGGGGCGUUUGGCUCGCCGGCGAGCAUACCGCGCCGUUUGUGGCGCUGGGAACGGUGACGGGGGCGUAUUGGGCGGGGGAGGGGGUUGCAAGGAGGAUUGUGAGGGCUUAUGGGGGGGUGGAAGGGAGUCGAGGGGAAGAGAGGGUGCAUGUGGGGGUGAAUGGGAGUAGUUGA